AUGGCCGAAUAUUCCGAAAAGACGCAGGUUACCGAACCUUACGAGGAGGAACAGCAGGGGGAACAGAUUAAUGUGUCCGGUCAUCGUCAGGAGGUCGAUCGGAAUUUCAGUUUGAUCAGUCUUUGCGCCAUCGCGGUCACGACUGGUAACACUUGGAUCGCCCAGGGUGGUAGUGUGGUGACGGCUUUGAGUAAUGGUGGAUUGGCCGGAUGUCUUUAUGAAUUCAUCGCCGUCUCCAUUUGCUACUGGAUGGUCGCGGCCUCUCUGGCUGAGCUGGCAUCAGGCAUGCCCUCAUCUAGUGGCGUGUACCACUGGGCUUCUAUCACUGCCGGAAAGCAUGGUCGGGUUUGUGGUUUCUUUGCCGGUUGGUGGAACUGCUUGGCUUGGAUAUUGGGUGCCGCCUCCAUGUCUUUGAUCAUGGCUCAGCAGCUUGUUUCCAUGUAUGCUUUGAUGAACCCCGGCUUCGUCCUCCACACCUGGAUCACCUUCGUGACCUUCCUUCUCUGUACCUGGGUGUGCUGUUGUAUUGUUCUAUUCAUGAACCGUUGGUUGCCUUACAUCGGCAAUCUCGGCAUGUUCUUCAUCCUUGCUGGUGUCUUCGUCACUAUUAUUGUGUGUGCCGUCAUGCCUUCCGUCAACAAUGUCGGAUACGAAUCCAAUCAAGCCGUCUGGGAGGAUUGGACUAACAAUACCAACUACUCGCAACAAGGCUUUGUCUUCGUCAUGGGCAUGCUGAACGGCGCGUACAGUGUUGGUACCCCCGACUGCUCUUCCCACCUGGCCGAGGAGAUCCCCAGUCCAAGCCGCAACAUCCCCAAGGCUAUCCUUGCUCAGAUGGGUGUUGGAUUCAUCACCGGUCUCCUCUACCAGAUCGCCAUUUUCUACUCAAUCCAGAGUAUCGACGAUGUCGGCGCAAACCCGUACAACUUCCCCCUCGCCGAGAUCUACCGCCAGGCUACUGGAUCCCGAGGCGGUGGUCUCGGUCUCUUGAUCGUCGCCUUUAUUCCGACCCUCAUCACCGCCACCGGCUGCUACAUUACCGCCGGUCGCACAUUGUGGACCAUCUCCCGCGACCGCGCCACGCCUUUCCCUAACUGGCUCGGCCACAUCAACACCAAGUUCCAAAACCCCUUCAACGCUACCCUGGUCUGCGGCGGUGUCGUCACCAUCCUCGCCUGUAUCUAUCUCGGCUCGACAACCGCUUUUAGCGCUUUCGUUGGCUGUUUCGUUCAGCUGUCCAGUCUUUCCUAUUUCAUGGCUAUCUUCCCUCACAUCCUUACCCGUCGCAACUCGUUCGUGCCGGGCUUCUUCUUCAUGAACCACACCAUCGGCUUUAUUGUCAAUGUCCUCUCAUGUAUCUACAUCCUCGCUUUCGUCGUUAUCUUCUGCUUCCCUUACGCCCUCCCCGUGGACGCUGCUUCCAUGAACUACGCCAGUCUGAUGACAGGAGGUCUAUCCAUCUUCGUCGCUAUCUGGUGGUUCGUUCGCCAGGGUUCUUACGAGGGACCCAAGAACAUCCCCUUGACCGACAAGGCUGUUAUGGAGGAUGCUCGGUAA